GGCAGCGCAUGCAUGACUGUCUCUACCUAACAAUGAGCUAAGAUCGCCUGGCCCACGAUAAGGGAUCGAAUUCGACUAGCGACUCCCGCAUAUCUGAUGCUUGAACUCCGUUAAACCUGAUUUCGCGUUGUUUUGAAACGUCCUCCAAAUUCCUGGCCGCGAUUCGAGCUUCGACCGUCACCGACUGCUCUUCGUCCUAGCAAGAGCCCAAGCUCUGAGUCGACUUUCAUCAUCUUUCAUCAGCGAAUUCUCCCUCGACUGCCAGCAAAGCGACACCGCAAUCGCGGCCCCGGAUAGCUCACCAUGUCGGACGAACAAAUCUCGUUACCAUUCUUCGCCAUUGUCCUGCUUGUGUCGGGACUGAUAGUGCGGUAUCUUUUCUUCUCGGGGCCGAACCCAGAACGACCACCGGUAAGGACGGCAGAGCAGAUGCUCAGAUCAAGAGAGGUGGCAGUACAGAGGAUACAGCAGAUGUUUCCGCAAGUUGAGAGACGGAGCAUCUUGUGGGACCUUCAGCGCAACGGCGGGAAUAUCCAGAGCACCACAGAGCGGAUUCUGGCAGGCCGCUUGGAAACGCCUCCUGUCACAUUCCAACCUCCGCCGCUUCGAACGCAAUCUCCCCCGACUGGAAGCUCCGGCCCAGCGGCGAAGCAGCCCGAGAAGCCGAGUCAGCCGGAUCUGAUCACACGCUACAACCUCAAGGACAAGAUUGGCGACGCAGCGACUGCAGUUGCAGGAGAGGAAGAGGGAGCGCAGAGGAAGGAACAGAAGGAGGGCAAAGCAUGGAGCUCCAAUCGCGAAGAACGACAGUCUGCUCUGCAACGAAGAAGAGAAGAGAUGAUUCUGGCGGCGAGGCGGAAGAUGGAGGCCAAGAUUGCGGCGGAGAAGGCCGCCCAAGGAUCUUCUUGAAGGGAAUGGCACGGCAAAGGUCAUACAGCAGCAUGAUUAUUUGAUUUCGGGGCACUCUUUUUUUUUAUAUAGUUUUCUUCUUCCCCUCUGUCUAAUAUGGGUGCAUACUUGUGGUGGGGGUUGCAAGCAUUGGCGUUUUAAUAUUGUAGAUGAAGGUAGUGUAGGACUUUUUGAAUGCUUUAGUAUGCCCUGUGGGAGUGUCGAGUGAUGAUAAUGGCGAUAAUAUGAAGCUUCUUGGCUUUGUAUGUGCUCUGUAGAUUGUGAGCAGUGACCAGGACGCGAAGAAGUCUUGCUUCCAUCAUAGAUGCCAUGUUUGCAAUA